AUGUUCCAGCUGACUCCCGGCAUCCGAGAACUGGUCGCGUCGUUACACAAACGUGGCACGGACGUGUUUCUUGUCUCCGGAGGUUUCCGACGGCUCAUCCUGCCAGUGGCUGACAUCCUAGGCAUUGACAGGAAACGGAUAUAUGCGAACGAGAUUCUGUUCGACAUGAAUAAGAACUAUGCCGGUUUCGAUGAGAAUGAGCCGACAAGCGAUUCGGGAAGCAAGGAUGUAAGUUCGGUUGGUAAACCAGCGGUCAUGGGUCUGUUGAAGAAGCAGGGCUACAAACAACUGGUUAUGAUUAGAGAAGCUGUGCGAAGUCGAGCUGACUGGUAUGUGACCGACUUUGAGGUUUUACGUAAAGCCUUAGAAUGA